GCGGCCGGGCCAGGCCGGCUGGGGAUGGGUUGCGGGGGGGCCGACUUCCUGGGGCCGCCCGUGAGGAUGUCGCGACCGCCCCCGGGUGCCCCUCAGCCCCAGAGACGCCGCCGCGGCGGAGUCCGCAGCCUCCCUGCCUGAGGCGUUCGCGGCCGGUAUCCGGCCCCUCCCCUCGCCUCCCCUCCCAGGUGCUGGCCGGGCCGGCGGCCGCAGCAGAUUUUAUCAUGUGGGCAACCUGCUGCAACUGGUUCUGCCUGGAUGGACAGCCUGAGGAGGUCCCACCACCCCAGGGAGCCAGAAUGCAGGCCUAUUCCAACCCUGGAUACAGCUCCUUCCCUUCCCCAACAGGCUUGGAACCAAGCUGCAAGUCCUGUGGGGCUCACUUCGCAAACACAGCCAGGAAGCAGACCUGCUUGGACUGUAAGAAACAUUUCUGCAUGACCUGUUCGAGCCAAGUGGGGAAUGGGCCCCGCCUCUGCCUUCUCUGCCAACGGUUUCGAGCUACAGCCUUUCAGCGAGAGGAGCUCAUGAAGAUGAAGGUGAAGGACUUGAGGGACUAUCUCAGCCUCCAUGACAUCUCUACCGAAAUGUGCCGGGAGAAAGAAGAGCUGGUGCUCUUGGUGCUUGGCCAGCAGCCUAUAAUCUCCCAGGAGGGCAGGACUCAUGCCCCAACCUUGUCCCCAAACUUUCCUGAGGAGCAGGCCUUCCUGACCCAGCCUCACUCCAGCACUGUUCCACCUACCUCACCCAACCUUCCCUCUUCAUCUGCACAAGCCACCUCUGUUCCUUCAGUCCAGGUUCAGGAGAAUCAACAGGCCAAUGGCCGUGUGUCUCAGGAUCAAGAGGAACCCGUCUACAUGGAGAGCAUGACCAGAGCACCUGCUGAGGAUGAGACCCAGUCUAUUGACUCAGAGGACAGCUUCAUCCCAGGCCGAAGGGCCUCUUUGUCUGACCUGACUGACCUGGAGGACAUUGAAGGCCUGACAGUACGGCAGCUGAAAGAGAUCUUGGCUCGCAACUUUGUCAACUACAAGGGCUGCUGUGAGAAGUGGGAGCUGAUGGAGAGAGUGACCCGGCUAUACAAGGAUCAGAAAGGACUCCAGCACCUGGUCGGUGGUGCUGAAGACCAAAACGGGGGAACAGUACCACCAGGCUUGGAGGAGAACCUGUGUAAGAUCUGCAUGGACUCACCCAUUGACUGUGUUCUGCUGGAGUGUGGCCAUAUGGUAACCUGUACCAAGUGUGGCAAGCGCAUGAAUGAAUGCCCCAUCUGCCGGCAGUAUGUAAUCCGAGCUGUGCAUGUCUUCCGGUCCUGAAGGCUUGCAUUGGUUUCUUCAGUGCCUUACAGGGAAAUAGCCUGGGGUGUCUGGGCUCAGGGUUGGCCAGCUUGCAGAAGGGCAAGCUAGUAGAAGAAAUAUUGCAGUGUUCCCAAGACCAGGGCAAGCAAGAUGCCAUGUCACCCCUGAGAGUGCCUGUCUUACCACAGGGGUGUACCUCUUGGCUGGUAAAGCCCGAGGCCAGUGGGAAUUUGUACAAAUCACAUGGGUAUGUUCUUGAUUUAGUGAUGUUGGAGUGAUUAUGGUAACUGAUGAACAGAGAACUUAACAGAACCUGGAUCCUGUCUUCCUCCCUGAACCUGGACAGUUUCACCCCUCCCCCUGUACCCAACCCGUCCCCUGGAGAUGCUUGCCUAUGUGUUUCAUCAAUCAGAAGUCCUCCUUAACACAUUUGGAUUUAAAUUUCUAGUCUCUCCAGCUUUCUGUGCUUUAACUAUCUUUGCUAAAGUCUCUUGCUACAUUGCCUAAAAUCCAUUUGUUUCUCUGGAACAAAAAUGUUAGUUUACCAGACCAAUAGUGGUCCUUAGGACAGAAUUUAGACCAGUAAAUUUAUCUCUGGUGAGAAAUGAAGCACAAAUGCUAUAGAAAACUUUCCAAAUUGUUAAGAGCUGCUUCCUUAAAUGCUGGGAUUGGAAGCUGUUGGUCUACUGACCUGACCCUGGGAGCCAACAAAACAUCAGGCUCCCAAACUGCUGGGAAAUUCCAGUUUCUGUCUGCAAGGGAUGGUGUGUGGAUAAUCUCUGUUGCUGCUUCUCUUGGGACCUGAUUUGCACCAUCCUUAGUUUAUGGAGAAAGGGGAAGUAGUGGGUGGAAGCAGUGGCCUUCUGCCUAACUUCGGCUUGGUUUUUGAGCCUUUUCCCAACUAGCAGAAGUCUUAAACCACUUUCCCUGAAAAUGAAAUCUAUCCCUUACCCAUGGUAGUUUUAAAUUUGGUCUCAUUGAAGAAACAGACUUAGGCAAAGGGCUUGUGCUCUUCUCUGGCUAGACUUCUCUUGAAGUUCCUGGAGAGCAAACAUGUAAGACAGAGUACCUCAGAGCUUCCAGUAGGUACUGAAUGAGACUGGAUUCUGUUGUGAGUCCAAGUCUUUUAUUUCCCAGGUUGGUGGGCAGUGAGGAGACCCUACUUUCCUUUCCUAGCCUACUGACCUAUUGGGGCAGGUCGGCGGGGAAAGCAUUUUUUUUUCUUUCUUUUUUUGAGACAGUGUCUCAUUGUCACCCAGACUGGAGUGCAGUGGCAUGGUCUUGGCUCACUGCAACCUCCACCUCCUGGGUUCAAGUGAUUUUCCUGCCUCAGCCUCCUGAGUAGCUGGGAUUACAGGUGCCCGCCACCAGUGAUGGCUGGCUAAUUUUUGUAUUUUUAGUAGAGAUGGGGUUUCACUAUGUUGACCAGGGUGGUCUCAAACUCCUGACCAUGUGAUCUGCCCAACUCAGCCUCCCAAAGUGCUGGCUGGGAUUAUAGGCAUGAGCCACCAUGCCCAGCAGAAGAAAGCAUUUUAGGCUCUUUAGGAAGGACCAUACAAUGAGUAGGUGGUGUUUUUGAGCCCUCACAGUCUUUACAUCCCUAGAGGAGCUGGAGGGCUUAAGAGUGUGCUGAAGAAGUGUGACCUAGCUCAAAACACAUCAUCAGGAGAGCAGAGUGUUUUCUCAUUACCAAUGGAUGAACUAUGCAAACCCUGAACACAUUGGCAGACAGCCCCCACCCCUUACCCCUCCCAUGCAGCUGAAAAAAUCUAAGACUAGAACCAAUCAUGAUUCUAGAUAGCAGAGGGAAACCUCUAAAGGGACUUAUUACAUUAGUAAAGAUAUAUUUAUGCUUUCCUUCCAUCAUCAACUGCUAAACCCCUUUGGAGGAGUGAAGUAACUGCAUAAAGUAGUCGUUAACUGAACACUUGGUCACUUGUCAACAUCAUACAAAGUCCUGGAUGAUUUGAUUCUGAACCACAGCCUUUGUAGGAGUUGGGGGAAUCAGAUUUGCUCAUGAGGACAUCCCUUUUCACUUUUCUCAUGGGCAGUAAAUACUAUAGUUUACAAUGUCUACCAAUUUAGCAAAGGGUAAUUCAUUCGGCUACUCCAUUUCUCUGUGAAACAGGUCUAUGUAUUUGCUAUUCGGUUAAAAUCUAGUAGCAACUUAAAGGCAGAAGCUGGCUCUCUAUUUACAACCUGCUUUCUCUGCUGAAGCCUUACCUCCUCCUCAGUUUCCCUCCUAGAAACAAACUGAAAAUAAUAUACUGAUAGCUGGUUAAGAACCUCAGUAAGAAUUAAAACUAAGGUCAUUUACUCAUUUUGGAGAAAGAACUUGCCUUUAAAUCUUUUAUCCCAUUUUGGUGAAGGUUUCCAUUUAGGAAAAAAGGUGUCAAACCACUCUGAUUUUUUUUUUGUAUCAUUUUUAUUACACCAAAUAAAAGUUGGGAGUUCCAAGAUCCCAUUCCAGUUAAUAUUUAACCAAGGUCUAAAAUUUGAUUUUUAAAAAUCUUCAAAUCCUCCCUCCUGCCCUUCAUGGAUCCUUUGUUUUAAUUAUCAUGGAAACAUCUAAUUCUUACAAUUAUUCUGUGGCUUUUGCUGUGUUUGCUCUGAGAUUUCAGUUAAGGCUUGUUUCAAAAGACAGCUAACUGGUGCACAAUACCGUGGAAUAGUUGGAUCCAAACUAAUCAGAAUAAGCUGUACAGGAACUAGUGCUCAAUAUACAUUGUAUAAAUUUGUGGAAAUCUCUUGGAUGUGAAUUGUUACUUCAAGUGGCUUAUAUUAAGAUUUUCUCAGACUUACUUGGAGGUUAAAGCAAACCCAAAUGUGUAUUAUUUUGUUACAGAGCUCUGCUUUAUAAUUUUGUAAUAAAGUUUCAACACAGAUCCCUGUCCUGUUUGGUGUGAGGAUAUCAGAGGUUGAUGGACUGGUGAAAGAGCCUGACAGUGGCACAUGCUAUAAUCUCAACACUUUAGUAGGAGGCCAAGGUGGAAAGAUUGCUUGAGCUCAGGAGUUUGAGACCAGCCUGGGCAAUGUAGUGAGACCCCGUCUCUACUU